GGCUGAUCACCUAUGGCAGUAGCUUAGCAUAUACAUACAUUUCACUCACUCCUCAUCGCCUGUUGUUCAUUAACCGACCCUAGCUAUGGCCGUCACUCUGCGCCAAACGGCGUGCACUGCGCUUCUGAAGAGCAGUGCACGUGCGUCGCGUCCAGUAGCUGCUGUACCUAUUGUUAGGAACCGCACCAACACCGUGUGCGUUCGCGCGAUGUCGGUGAAGCAAGUUAUCUCGACCGAGCAUGCGCCUGCCGCAUUGGGCCCUUACUCUCAAGCUAUUAAGGCUGGCAACACAGUCUACGUAUCCGGACAGAUCGGCAUUGUCCCUGGCACUAAGGACUUUGCAUCGCCAAACGUUGAGGGACAGACGGAGCAGGUGCUGAAGAAUUUGGGCGCAAUCCUGAAGGCCGCUGGCGCUGACUACAAGGAUGUGGUGAAGACGACCAUCCUUCUGGCCGACAUUGCUGACUUUGCCAAGGUCAACGCCAUCUACGCCACCUACUUCACGGAGCAGCCGCCCGCACGUGCCACCUUUGCGGUGAAGGACCUGCCGCUUGGGGCCCGUGUGGAGAUCGACGCAGUGGCGGUGCUGGCUUGAGCGGCGCGCAGCCAGGCGGUGCUGUGUGUGCUGCGUUGAGGGAGGGAAGGGGGCGAGAGCAAGCCCGGCAAGGGAGCCGAUGUGAGUCGGUGUGCAUAAGUUGGGUGUGCAUUAGUUGGGUGUGCAUGGGCUCAGCGGGCUGAUGGGUUGAGGGAGGAGAGGUCUGCCCAGCCGGGCUCAGCACGCGAAGAUUGCAAAAAGGGAGGUGGAGAAUGCCCGCCGGCCUGCGUUUAACACGCGAAGCUUGGCUAGGGUGCUGGCUGGAGGGGGCUGGCUGGUGGGUGCUCCUAGGGUUGCUGGGGGUGGUGGUGGUGACUGGGGGCUCCUAGCUGUGCUGCUGCUGCUGGUGGUGGUGGGUUGUGCUGCGAGCUUUACACGGCGGUGGUGGUCGGGGUUCAGCUGCCGACAGCAGGUGCGGCUGCCGCAGCCCUGGACCCAGGAGCGCAGGACGCAGCUCAUGUGGCUGCAUGACAGGGGGUGCAUGCAGCCAUGUGGAAGGGGGUGCAUGCAGCCAUGUGGAAGGGGGUGCAUGCAGCCAUGUGGAAGGGGGUGCAUGCAGCCAUGUGGAAGGGGGUGCAUGCUAGUGUGUCACACGUGGUGCAGGAGCUGGUGAGGGAUUUCGGAGCGUGACGCGCAGUCUUACGCCUGUUACGAAGUUGCGUUGAAGGCCAAACAGACAGGGGGCUAUUGCCUUGUUGGCAAGCACUGUCUUGCGCGCGGUGUCGACAAACGCGCGUUUCACGCGCGCGUUGUUGUUCCAUCCUCCUGAAACAUACGUACCGCUGCUGCGGCUGCAGGAUGAUGUAUUACGGAAGGGACUUGCCUCUUACAGGCCGGGUGGUAGGAGGCGGAGGGGGUGGAAGAGAAGUGCGUUGCUGGCGGCUGUGACGAGGUGUGAUGACCCCUGGCUAUGCUGCCUAUGCACCCAGUGCGGGGGCGGGCAGUGCGGGGGCGGACAGAGGCCUGCCUGCUGUCGCUGUGCGCAUAAGGACGGGGAUGAUGACCCGGAAGAGGCAGUGCAGGAGAGAGGACGAGGCUACCGUGUCCUGUUUUGACACUGUUGGCUUGUAUGGGAUGUGGGGCGUGAGAGCCGUGAGGAUGCGGUUAGAUGGAGGUA